CAAGCUGACCGGGACUGGUACAUGAUGGAUGAGGGCUACGACGAGUUUCACAACCCCUUGGCCUACUCUUCUGAGGAGUACGUGAAGAAGCGGGAGCAGCACUUGCACAAGCAGAGGCAGAAGCGCAUCUCAGCACAGCGGCGGCAGAUCAAUGAGGAUAACGAGCGCUGGGAGACAAAUCGUAUGCUGACCAGUGGUGUGGUUCAUCGGAUUGAAGUGGAUGAAGAUUUUGAGGAGGAUAACUCUGCUAAAGUGCAUCUGUUGGUGCACAACCUGGUGCCCCCUUUCCUAGAUGGAAGGAUUGUCUUCACCAAGCAGCCAGAGCCAGUCAUCCCUGUCAAGGAUGCCACCUCAGAUUUGGCCAUCAUAGCCCGGAAAGGCAGCCAAUUGGUGCGCAAGCACAGGGAGCAAAAGGAGCGUAAGAGGGCUCAGCAUAAGCACUGGGAGCUGGCAGGCACAAAACUCGGAGACAUUAUGGGGAUUAAGAAAGAGGAGGAGAAGGACGAGAUGGUGACAGAAGAUGGCAAAGUGGAUUACAGGACUGAGCAGAAGUUUGCUGAACAUAUGAAAGAAAAAAGUGAAGCCAGCAGUGAGUUCGCCAAGAAGAAAUCAAUCCUGGAGCAGAGACAAUAUCUGCCCAUCUUUGCUGUGCAGCAGGAGCUGCUCUCCAUCCUCCGAGAUAACAGCAUUGUGAUUGUGGUGGGGGAGACGGGGAGUGGGAAGACGACUCAGCUGACACAGUACCUCCAUGAGGAUGGCUACACAGAUUAUGGCAUGAUUGGCUGCACCCAGCCCCGCAGAGUGGCAGCCAUGUCAGUUGCCAAGCGGGUCAGUGAAGAGAUGGGAGUGCGUCUGGGGGAGGAGGUGGGCUAUGCCAUCCGCUUUGAGGACUGCACAUCCGAGAACACAGUGAUCAAAUACAUGACAGAUGGGAUCCUUCUUCGUGAGUCACUGCGAGAGGCUGACCUGGACAACUACAGCGCUAUCAUCAUGGAUGAAGCACAUGAACGCUCACUGAAUACUGAUGUGCUCUUUGGCCUGCUUCGGGAGGUGGUGGCCCGACGCUCGGAUCUGAAGCUUGUUGUCACGUCAGCCACCAUGGAUGCAGAUAAAUUUGCCUCCUUCUUUGGAAAUGUUCCUAUUUUCCACAUUCCUGGGCGCACUUUCCCUGUUGAUAUUCUUUUCAGCAAGACCCCACAAGAGGAUUAUGUGGAGGCUGCAGUGAAACAAGCCUUGCAGGUCCAUUUGUCUGGUGCUCCUGGAGACAUCCUCGUCUUCAUGCCUGGCCAGGAGGACAUAGAGGUGACUUCGGAGCAGAUUGUGGAGCACCUUGAGGAGCUGGAAAAGGCACCUGCUCUUGCUGUACUGCCUAUCUAUUCUCAGCUACCAUCAGACUUGCAGGCCAAGAUCUUCCAGAAGGCUCCGGAUGGGGUCAGGAAGUGCAUUGUUGCCACUAACAUUGCAGAGACCUCGCUGACAGUGGAUGGCAUCAUGUUUGUGAUUGACUCUGGCUACUGCAAGUUGAAGGUUUUCAACCCCCGUAUAGGCAUGGAUGCACUGCAGAUCUACCCCAUCAGUCAAGCCAAUGCCAAUCAGAGGGCAGGCCGAGCUGGCCGAACAGGCCCAGGCCACUGCUUCAGGCUCUACACCCAGAGUGCCUACAAGAACGAGCUGCUGACAACCACAGUACCCGAGAUCCAGCGCACCAACCUUGCCAAUGUAGUGCUUUUGCUCAAGUCCCUGGGUGUGCAGGACCUGCUGCAGUUCCACUUCAUGGAUCCUCCCCCCGAGGACAACAUGCUGAACUCCAUGUACCAGCUGUGGAUCCUGGGGGCCCUGGAUAACACAGGUGGUCUGACCUCAACAGGACGUCUCAUGGUGGAGUUCCCACUGGAUCCUGCACUCUCCAAAAUGCUUAUUGUCUCAUGUGACAUGGGUUGCAGCUCUGAGAUCUUGCUCAUUGUCUCCAUGUUGUCUGUGCCUGCCAUCUUUUAUCGGCCUAAGGGCCGAGAGGAGGAGAGUGACCAAGUGCGGGAGAAAUUUGCUGUUCCAGAGAGUGAUCACUUGACUUACCUGAAUGUUUACCUGCAGUGGAAGAACAACAGCUAUUCUACGCUGUGGUGCAACCAGCACUUCAUCCAUGCCAAGGCCAUGCGGAAGGUGCGGGAGGUGCGUGCCCAGCUCAAGGACAUUAUGGUGCAGCAGCGGAUGAGCCUAGCAUCCUGUGGUACUGACUGGGAUGUUGUCAGGAAGUGCAUCUGUGCUGCGUAUUUUCAUCAAGCUGCAAAGCUGAAGGGCAUUGGGGAGUAUGUGAACAUCCGCACAGGCAUGCCCUGCCACCUGCACCCCACAAGCUCCCUGUUUGGCAUGGGCUACACACCAGACUACAUUGUGUAUCAUGAGUUGGUCAUGACCACCAAGGAAUAUAUGCAGUGCGUCACUGCUGUGGAUGGAGAGUGGCUGGCAGAGCUGGGCCCCAUGUUCUACAGUAUUAAACAUGCUGGCAAGUCACGCCAGGAGAACCGCCGCCGUGCCAAAGAGGAGGUGUCUGCUAUGGAGGAAGAGAUGGCUCUGGCUGAGGAGCAGCUGCGUGCCCGCCGGGAGGAGCAGGAGCGCCGUAACCCACUGGGCAGUGCAAGAUCUACUAAAAUCUACACCCCUGGGCGGAAGGAGCAGGGGGAGCCCCUGACGCCACGACGCACCCCAGCCCGCUUUGGCCUCUAAGAAGGCAGUGCCUGUUGCUUUGAGGCUUAAAGACUUCCAGGAGCAGCUGAGUCUUAGGGGUGCCCCGCUCCUCUGAUCACUGUACUCUGUGAGGUGCUCAACAGCUUGUGGCCCAGAAGGCUUUGGUGCUUGGCACUAAUUUUGCUACAGAACAGAAAUAAUUUUAUUUGUU